UUCGUCACAAUCUGGAGAAGAACGGUGCUUUCUUUAGUGUCAGAGGAAAAUGAUGAAGCUGCAUUCUUAUGCUGGGCUUAGUUUAAUUGCGACUCUAGCAGUUAUAUACCAUGCAUUUAACAGUAGAGGCCAAUUUUAUCCGGCCAUGGUUUAUUUGUCAACCUCUAAGAUCAGCUUGGUGCUCCUUCUCAACAUGGGCCUGGUCAUUAUGUGUAUCAUGUGGCAGUUGACGAAACAGCUGUUCCUUGGUUCACUCCGAGAAGCAGAGAUUGAGAGGCUAAAUGAGCAGUCAUGGAGGGAGGUCAUGGAAAUCCUAUUUGCGAUCACCAUUUUCCGGCAGGACUUUUCUGUUACAUUUCUUGCUAUGGUCACGGCUCUAUUGCUAAUCAAGGCUUUGCAUUGGUUAGUUCAGAAGAGGGUUGAGUACAUUGAGACUACUCCAUCAGUACCCAUCAUAUCUCAUAUUCGGAUUGUUUCUUUUAUGGGGUUCCUCCUCCUUCUGGAUAGUCUCUUCUUAUACAAUAAUAUAAAGUUUUUGAUGAAGGAAAAGAAGGCGUCAGUUUCAGUCUUCUUUUCAUUUGAGUACAUGAUACUGGCAACAACAACAGUUUCAACAUUUGUAAAAUACGUAUUCUAUGUUAUUGACAUGCUUAUGGAGGGACAGUGGGAAAGGAAGCCUGUCUACACAUUUUACUUGGAAAUUGUCCGAGACUUGCUUCACCUGUCUAUGUACUUGUGCUACUUCCUUGUGAUUUUCAUGAACUAUGGUGUGCCUUUGCACUUAAUACGAGAUCUCUAUGAGACGUUUAGAAAUUUCAGGAUUCGUGCUGUUGAUUUCAUUCGUUAUCGAAAGAUCACUUCAAACAUGAACGAUCGAUUUCCAGAUGCAACACCAGAAGAACUCAAUGCAAGCGAUGUAACAUGCAUCAUUUGUCGUGAAGAGAUGACGACGGCCAAGAAACUAAUUUGUGGACAUCUAUUUCAUGUGCAUUGCCUUCGGUCAUGGUUAGAGCGACAGCAUACUUGUCCUACUUGCAGAGCCCUAGUUGUACCACCCGAAGAUGGAACAAAUACAGCUGCAGGGCAUGGGUCACGGUCAGAUGUUAAUCAGCAAGGGACAGGCACAGGAAGUACGUCUCCUCAGGGUUCUAUUGGUAGUGGUGUGGCAGGUGAUAAUUUGAGCCAGCAUCAAGCUAGACUCCAAGCUGCUGCUGCAGCUGCCUCAAUAUAUGAGAAAUCUUAUGUUUAUCCUUCUGCAAAUACGCUAGUAUGGUCCCCUGGAUAUGCUGUACUUCCUCAGGUUCAAAGAACUUCAGCUGAUUCUGCCAACUCUGCUGCCAGGGAAUCCAGUGGAGAAGAAGCUUCCAUUGGACAACAAGAACCACAGUUCACAACCUCUGGCGGACCUGCAAAGUCAUCCUCUCCUCAAUAUCCACACUGUAUAUUUGUUCCUUUUCAGGCACCUGGAACCAAUGUGACUUAUGCAGAUAGGUCUGACGGCAAUCUAAAUAUACCAGACUCGCAGUUGGAAGCUCAGACACAAUUUCUUAGACAUCAGAUUGUGGUAAUGCAAAAUCAGCUCCAACUUCUGCAGAAGCCAAAAGUUAAGGAAAACACGGACAUUGGUUCAACAACAACAUCAGAUAACAAAGGAAAGAAUGUUGCAACAACAUCAUCUGUCUCAGACUGUGGUCGUCAUGGGGAGAUUGAAGAGGCUGAUACAUAACCUUCAGAUACUUAUAGAUGUAACGCAAGUAGACUGCAGAAUGUUGAUACAGGAAAAAUCGAAGAUACUACGUUCCAGAGUUGCUUCUGUAAGAGCGGUUGAUGUUAAUGUCGAUGUAGGAGCCCCCCCCUCCCGCUUUGUUUCUAUCUUUUUUCUUUUCUUUUUUUUUUUUUUUUGAGUUUAUUGAUUUUUAGAUCAUGAAAUAUCAAAAGAGCGUCCCUUACAUAUGUCUAACUUUGUGCCAAAAAUUUUUUGGGCUUCUGAUGUGAAAAUUGUGCCUGGUGGACAAAUGCAUGUAUCUUGUACUCUCUCUGUGAUUCGUCGAGUUCUUGUAGGAAGGAACUCGGAUAAGACAUUGCUUUCUUAUGUGCGUCUGGUACAAACCGCAGACAUGUAGUUUUGUUCAUACCCAGAUCUUAGUAAAUAAUAAUACUACUUUCUAA